AUGUCUGGAUACGAUAACUACAACCAACACAACCAAGGCUACGGCCAGCAGGGUGGCUACCCCCUCAACAGGGUUACGGUGGCCAACACGGCUAUGAUCAGCAGCAAGGUUAUGGUCAGCAGCAAGGUUAUGGUCAGCAACAAGGCUACGGUCAGCAACAAGGCUACCCUCAGCAAGGCUACGAAGGUCAGCACCAACAUCAGGGCUACGGUCAGCAACAAGGAUACCCCCAGCAGGGUUAUGAAGGCCAGCACCAGCAGCAAUAUGGUGGGCAGCAGCAAUAUGGUGAACAACAGCACCAGUACGGCCAUGACGGUUCCCGUCAGGGGUAAGUCUCCUUCCACUUCCGCGUCAUUCUCGUCUCGGUCAAAUGCUAACAUCCAUGAUAGAUACUACGAGGGUCAAGAGGGUGCUCCUGGCCAGGCCCAGGAGGGUGAGCGUGGUCUUGCUGGUGCCCUUGCAGGUGGUGCCGCCGGUGGCUUCAUGGGUCACAAGGCCAACCACGGCUUCCUUGGAACAAUCGGUGGCGCUAUCAUCGGUAGCAUCGCUGAAGAUGCUGUCAAGAAGCACAAGAACAACCAGGGUCCUCCCGGCUACGGUCCUCCCAGUAGCCAAGGCGGUGGCAUGAUGGACCAGCUCGGUGGCUUCUUCAAGAAGUAG